CACCGCCCCUUAUCUAGCCCGUCGGCCGCGGCCCCGCGAGGCGGCCGGCGGCGGGCAGCGGCCGCGCGAUGUCGCCUGGAGCCGGGCUUGUCCGCACCUCGAGCAGCAGCGGCAGCGUGCUCGGACCCGGGGCCAGCGCGGGGCAGCCGGGCGCGGGCCCCUCGGAGGGGCUGCUGGACCCCGUGUACCCCCGCACCCACGCGGCCCUGCUGAAAGUGGCGCAGAUGGUCACCCUGCUGAUUGCCCUCAUCUGCGUGAGGAGUUCCGUGUGGACCAGCUACAGUGCCUACAGCUACUUUGAAGUGGUCACCAUUUGCAACUUGAUCAUGAUCCUCGUCUUUUACUUGGUCCACCUCUUCCGCCUCUACCGAAUGCUCACCUGCAUCAGCUGGCCCCUGUCGGAACUUCUGCACUAUUUAAUUGGUACCCUGCUCCUCCUGAUCGCCUCCAUCGUGGCAGCCUCCAAGAGUUACAGCCAGAGCGGACUGGUCGCUGGAGCGAUCUUCGGCUUCAUGGCCACCUUCCUCUGCCUGGCGAGUGUGUGGCUCUCCUACAAGAUCUCGUGUGUGACCCAGUCAACAGGCCAGUGGGCUGUGCUUAAAUGCACCAUGUGUAUGCAAGGACCGUAAAGGACUGAGAUGCCCAGUACGAAACUACAGAAGCCAUUCUUAACUGCAAAGACUCUAUUACGUGCCACCUGUACCAGACUCUUUGAUGACCUCGCCAAGGCCAGCUGACUCUAUUACAUGCCACCUGUACCAGACUCUUCGAUGACCUCUCCAAGGCCAGCUGGUCUGUCUUCACCUAUAGCCAAGUUGCAUGUGAUAAUCCGCUCUGCUUCCCUGAGCUGCUAGGCACUCACGGGCUUUUGCACCUGAUUUGACCUCAACAGACCAAUGGAUGGGUAGUUCAUUUUGUUCACAUCUGUGUAGACAAACUCAGGCACUUUGUCUCAGGUAUUCUAGGCCACCCUUCUCUGCUCAGUUUAUUGGUAACAAAGUGGCAACUCCUGGGUCCAGAAAGGAGGACAAUGUGGCUCAUCCCUAAGGGGACAACAGAUCUCAUCAGGUACGAGUGUGUCUGACUCCAGGAAGUACAGAGGCCAAGGGGAAGUGAGCAGCUCUCUUUUCCUAUUACAAAUAUGGACAACCUGUCCCAAAUGUCCUUGUUCUCUCCUCUAGUUGCCAUGAUAAAUAUGUCACCCCACCUAACCGAGCUGUAGGACCCCAAGGGACAGGGAUGGGUUAAGAAAAAUCUGGAUGACUCUGC